AACGGCCUGGCUCCUCCCUCUGGUGUUACCGGGAAAGCGCUCCGUCUGGUCCGUGCGCGAUCACGGCCCGGCGCGCGCCUUGGGCUCGGGUGGAGUUGAAGACGCGUGGAGCUGCUCGACUCGCGGGUGUGCAGGGCACCUAUGAUAUGUGUUUUAGAAAUAGCUGUUAAACUUUGGCUUGAAUGAAGAAUGUCUCUCAAUCCACCUAUAUUUCUCAAACGAAGUGAAGAAAAUAAUUCAAAAUUUGUGGAAACAAAACAGUCACAAACUACUUCCAUAGCUUCAGAAGAUCCCCUUAAAAACUUACAUUUAGCAUCUCAAGAAGUUCUUCAAAAAGCUCAGCAAAGUGGGAGAUCAAAAUGUCUCAAAUGUGGUGGUUCCAGAAUGUUCUACUGCUAUACAUGUUAUGUCCCAGUUGAAAAUGUACCUAUUGAACAGAUUCCACUUGUGAAGCUUCCAUUGAAGAUUGACAUCAUUAAACAUCCAAAUGAAACAGAUGGCAAAAGUACUGCUAUACAUGCAAAACUCUUAGCACCUGAAUUUGUAAACAUUUACACAUAUCCUUGUAUUCCAGAAUAUGAAGAAAAGGACCAUGAAGUUGCUCUCGUUUUUCCUGGACCUCAGUCUAUCUCAAUAAAAGAUAUUUCUUUUCAUCUGCAAAAAAGGAUUCAAAAUAAUGUUAGAGGCAAAAAUGAUGACCCUGACAAGCCAUCUUUUAAACGCAAAAGAGCUGAAGAACAUGAGUUCUGUGAUUUGAAUGACAGCAAGUGCAAAGGCGCAACACUGAAAAAAAUUGUAUUUAUAGAUAGCACCUGGAACCAAACAAACAAAAUAAUCACUGAUGAGCGACUUCAAGGGUUAUUACAAGUUGAGUUGAAAACAAGAAAAACUUGCUUUUGGCGCCAUCAAAAAGGAAAGCCAGAUACUUUCCUUUCUACAAUUGAAGCCAUUUACUACUUUCUGGUAGACUACCAUACUGAUAUAUUAAAAGAGAAAUACAGAGGGCAAUAUGACAAUCUUUUAUUUUUCUAUUCUUUUAUGUACCAGUUGAUAAAGAAUGCCAAAUGCUCUGGAGAUAAGGAGACAGGAAAACUUAUACAUUAGUUUUUAACAAGCCACUUAUGUCCUUUUAUUUUGCUAAAAUUAAUAAACUUAUAUUUCUGCUUUGUUUUUUCUUAAGAAAUAAUUAUAUAUAAUGCCUGUAAGACCAUUUGAAAAAAUUCGAGUCUCUCAUAUAUUACUUUAUAUUUCUUAAAAGGAAGGAAAUUGUAUCUAGGGGAAUUUUCAGAGAUUCUUUUGACUGAAAAACUUAUUUCAGAAGUUAUUUGCUCAGUGAAACCUCAGUUUCAUUACUACAUUUUAAUAUAGUGUGUUUUGUCUCUGUUAGAUAUAACAUAUUCAAUUAGAUCUAAUUAGCUCUUUAUUUCAACAUCUUUAUAUCUUUUCACCUGUACUCAUGACCACCUUUAGAGGUAAAUGGGGUUACAGUCUACUGGCUGAAAAAUAGGUCAUAAGUGAUUUUUCUUGAGGUUAGUAGCAAACAUAGGCAGAACUAGAAUUAGAGUUCCAAUAUGUAGGACUGUUUCUUUAAGUCCUAAGGUUGUUAAAAGCAGAGACUCUGGAGCUAGAUUACCUGAAUUUAAAUCUCAGCCUUUCUACUUAUCAGCCAUGUCAGUUUCUUCCAUUUGUACAGAGCAGGCAAUACUGAGCAGCUACCUUAUAGGAUUAACUGGAAAUUAACUGAGUUAAUAUUGAAGGGGCUUUUAGCAGUACCUGAAAUAUAAUAAGUGUUAUAUAUAUAUGUUUGCUCUUUCUAUUUUAUUUGGAAUUGUGAUCUAAUAAUAAUUGAAGCCUGGCUGCUAGUGGCCAUCUCUGCUGCCAGGUGAAAAGAGCCUGCCUUAGAAUGAAGUCGGCAAUGGAAAGCAGAGUGGAGAAAGAAAAAGAGAGACUGAGUCCUGAUGACAUCAUUUACUCACCUAGACCUAGCUGCUUGUGAAUAGAGCCCUACUGUGCUGAGUAGCUUCUGUCUACUCUUUUCUAUUCUGCUCUCUGCUCUGUGAG